AUGAAAACUUUCAGGGCACAACUGAAAGAUGUGGUGCUAGAAGGAGGAGAUGCAUUUGCUCGUGCCAACGGUGGGUUGAAGCUCUUUGAUUACAUGGGCACAGAUGAGAGACUAAGCAAACUCUUUAACAGGACUGGAUUCAGCGUUGGGGUUUUACAGAAAUUUCUAGAAGUGUACAAAGGCUUCGAAGGAGUUAAUGUGUUGGUUGAUGUAGGAGGAGGAGUUGGAAACACACUAGGUUUUGUUACUUCAAAGUAUCCAAACAUUAAGGGUAUCAACUUUGAUCUAACUUGUGCUUUGACACAAGCACCUUCUUAUCCUAAUGUGGAGCAUGUGGCUGGAGAUAUGUUUGUAGAAAUCCCAAGAGGAGAUGCUAUCAUCCUGAAACGUAUGCUUCAUGAUUGGACUGAUGAAGACUGUGCAAAGAUUCUCAAGAAUUGCUGGAAAGCGUUACCGGAGAAUGGGAAAGUGAUUAUCAUGGAACUAGUUAUUCCAGAUGAGGCAGAGAGUGCGGAUGUGCAGUCCAACAUUGCAUUUGACAUGGAUUUGUUGAUGCUCACACAAUGCUCUGGAGGAAAAGAGAGAUCACGAGCUGAGUAUGAAGCUAUGGCUGCAAACUCGGGUUUUGCCAGUUGCCAGUUUGUAUGCCAAGCUUAUCAUUUGUGGGUCAUUGAGUUCUCUAAAUAGACUUCAAAGUUGUAAGCUCCUCUUGUGUUCAAAGAGGCUGAAUUGUCUCUGGUAAUAAAAGUUGUAUGGAUCUUGAGUUCACGUUGUAAUUCAAAACUCGAAUAAAUUAAAUAUAAUACGCUUCUCUUUUUCUCUGUAAGAA